UUUUUGCGCCAUCCUGCUAUGUGUGAUUCGGUUUUUAGUCUGGGUUUUGUGUUUGUGUCGCGACAGCCGGGGACCGACCAAGGAGCAGUCGGACCACAGGCCGCCCAGGGCGGUCUCAUCCGCUUAUAACCUGCGACCCCUGGGUCUCCUGUGGCCCCGUAUCUCCGUCCCAAGCAAAAACCGGGGCUCUCAGACACUCAGAGGUGCGAAGGCCCGGUAGAUUUGGAGGACGCGAGAAAAACACCUCCGGGAAGUCUGGCCAGUCCACAGCUACUGCCAAGAUCGCUCCGCGCGUCCUCAGGAGCCGGCCGGCUCCUCGUAGUCAUGGUAACCAGAUUGCUACCGCGCGUGCGCAAGACAAACACCUUUGUCACGUGAGGCCUGGCCGGGGGCGGGGCCGGCGAACACCCGUCAGGACCCGUCGCACCUCCCUUGUCAGUUCCCUGCCAGCCGAGGCGGGGCGAACCUCUGCCCUGUUGCGUGGGAGUGACUCACAGCUCCCGCCCCUUUUGGCUCUGCUUUCUUGCGGCCAGUCCCUCGCACCACGUGCCCUCCUGGCCGCGCCCCCAGCUGCCCUUUCCAACUGCCUGUUGGAAGCCGCUGUAAAAUGUCGUGAGGAGCGCCGCUGCUUUACGGCUGCCUCUCCCAGCAUAGAGCCCCGGAGCGCCCACCGCCGUCAGCCGCGUCUCCAAGCUAGUCGGCCCCGUGGAGAGCAAGAGACCCUGCGCACCGCAGCCCUCUCCGCUGCGCCCAUUCCUGCCCCCGGCGAUGUGAGCUCGGGGAGGCAGCGGUGCCCGCUGGCCCGGGGUUGAGACGGGCGGCAGGUGCCUGUGAGGCGGGCGGGUGCCGGGGGCCAGCAGGAUGGAGGAAAGCAUGGAAGAGGAGGAGGGGGGCAGCUACGAGGCGAUGAUGGACGACCAGAACCACAACAACUGGGAGGCUGCGGUGGACGGCUUCCGGCAGCCCCUGCCACCCCCACCGCCCCCCUCUUCGAUCCCGGCCCCUGCCCGAGAGCCUCCAGGGGGGCAGCUGCUGGCGGUGCCCGCGGUCUCCGUGGACAGGAAAGGCCCCAAGGAGGGGCUCCCGAUGGGACCGCCGCCACCGUCUGAGGCUAAUGGGGUGAUCAUGAUGUUGAAGAGCUGCGACGCGGCCGCCGCUGUGGCCAAGGCGGCCCCCGCCCCCACCGCCAGCUCCACCAUCAACAUCAACACCUCCACCUCGAAGUUCUUAAUGAAUGUUAUAACUAUUGAAGAUUAUAAGAGCACAUACUGGCCAAAAUUGGAUGGUGCCAUAGAUCAACUUUUAACUCAGAGUCCUGGUGACUAUAUCCCCAUAUCCUAUGAACAGAUAUACAGUUGUGUGUAUAAAUGUGUAUGCCAGCAGCACUCGGAACAGAUGUAUAGUGAUCUGAUUAAAAAGAUAACUAAUCACUUAGAGAGAGUCUCGAAGGAGCUGCAGGCCAGCCCUCCAGAUCUCUAUAUUGAAAGAUUUAAUAUAGCUCUUGGACAAUAUAUGGGAGCAUUGCAGAGCAUUGUGCCUCUUUUCAUAUAUAUGAAUAAGUUUUACAUCGAAACCAAGCUUAACAGAGACUUAAAAGAUGACCUUAUAAAGCUGUUUACGGAACAUGUUGCAGAAAAGCACAUUUACAGCCUAAUGCCUUUACUUUUAGAAGCCCAAUCGACACCAUUUCAGGUCACACCUUCAACUAUGGCAAAUAUUGUGAAAGGCCUGUAUACCCUCAGACCAGAGUGGGUUCAGAUGGCUCCAACUCUAUUUUCUAAAUUUAUUCCAAACAUUCUCCCUCCGGCGGUGGAAUCUGAACUUUCUGAAUAUGCUGCUCAAGAUCAGAAAUUUCAAAGAGAACUUAUACAGAAUGGUUUUACAAGAGGUGACCAGUCCCGGAAGAGAGCUGGGGAUGAGUUGGCUUAUAACAGUUCGUCAGCGUGUGCAAGUUCCAGGGGGUACAGAUAGUGAAUGUGCUUUCCUUCCUGAAAAGAGGACACACUGGAGCUGCAGAGACUGUAUUCAGAGCACAGUGGGGGCUGCAGACACUCAGGAGCUCUGUCACAAAGCUGUUCGUGGAAGAGGAUGUUGGACUUCUUACUUGGUUUGUAAUUUUAAAACAAAAACUAAACAAAAAACAAAAAAAGUUGCUGCUAGACUUGGGGGUGAUUUUGAAAUGGGACAAUCUUUUACUGUGAGGAAAAAGCAUCUCAGAAAGUGACCAUUUCUAAGUGAAAUCUGACAGCCAAAAUCAGCAGCUUCCUCCAAAAAUAGAAGAGCAGAAGAAUUUUUUAAGCACUUGUUUUGUUCAUUUGUGGACUUGGCAUUUUGGUGUAUUGGUUUCACAUGUCAGGAUCUCUUUUGCUUUAAAACCAAGCAGAUCAUUACAAUACAGUAUUUUUCACCCAUAACCAAAACAACCCCUUUUAAAAGAGUUGGUCUUUGUUUAGCAUUAGAAAGUUUUAAUAAAGGAAAAUGCUAACUCUGCUUUUGCUAGAACUUUCCCCCAUCAGUUCACAACUUUUUUCUACUCUGUGCCUUGAGCUUUGUGCACUUUGCAACUGUGUGACCAUGUUGUCAAACUCCUCCUGGAGAAGUGUAUGGUAUCCAAACUCACCCACCCAGAUGGCAGGUGUGGCCCUGUAGCAGGAUGCUAAUUAAGUGGGAAAAUAGACACCUGUUGCACAUUGGUCAGAUUUUCCCCUGGUUCACCAGAGCAUAUUCAUGUUAAUGUUGGGGACCAACUCUUAUAGAGCAUUUCCAUUCCCUGUGCCACUUAACACGAUGUCACCAGCUGCUGCAGUAUUGGCAGUACUCUAGUUUAGGGAUGGGCAGUACUUUAGCUCUGAAGUUCCCCUUAGUAUUAUUGAGAGCUACUUCCUGUAAUGCUCUAGGAAGCAGAUAGUUAUUAAGUCCAAAUACACCCAGUGGUGUGGGGUUCCUGAUCACUUCAUUUUAAAUGAGUGAGAUAAUUACUUAAAGUCUGUCAUUUGAACAUUAUAUUUGAGUGUGAUAGGGAAGUAGCAGCACUGCUGUCUUAAGGCUCCCUUGUAGCUGUGGCAAAGCUAUAUUUCUGUUUCUCUACAUCCACAGUGCUUUUUAGUCCUUCAUAAAAGGUUGUUGUUGUAAGCCCAAGAAAAUAGAUGCAGCAAGAGAAAAAUACUUUUCUUCUCAAUUUUGCUUGAAUCUUAAUUGAGCAUAGGCUUCUCUACUAGGCAACAUCAGACUAAUAGUAUUUACCUCUUCAGAGAACUUGAGGGGAAAAGAAACAUCCCAGGGAUACUGUUGCAUGUCUGCUCUGCAGGUUUUUCAUAAAGCUGCCUCUGCCAAUUCAGUUUGUUAUUUUUAGGGGGGAGUGGUGUGAAUGGGAGAGUUAGAAGUGAGAUAUUGGGAGCAAGUAAGUCACCCAAUAAUAGAAGUCCUUGAUUUGCAAAACUGUUAUGCAGAGAAGUAAAGAUAAAGGUUGUCAGAUUUAUUUUUUAAAGUACUUAACCAGAGUUGGUGGAUUUUGUGGACUUUAAUUUGACUCAGUUCACUCUGUGAGCAUCCUGGAUUGCAUUGAUGAACACUGAAUUACUGUAAGAACGUAGACAGGCUCUCACUAUGACCUGGACAGUUUACUACACCGGUAACAUUCUAGUAUCAAGGAGAAUUCCAUUCGUCAUGGAACAUUCACAUUUUACUUUUCUCAAUGGAAUGCUUGCUGCAGGCUUACAAAUCACACCUAGAACUGAAGUCUGGUGUUAAUGAUUUUUCUGAAAGGAAUAAAAUUGGAAUGUUUCUUUAAAUGUGGACAAUUUCUUCAGUAUCCUAAUAAUAUACCCAAAUGCUUUUUCUGGGAGAGAGCAUUCUUUUACAAAAGAACUUUCCUUAUAAAAGCAUCACAGUAUAAUGUGAAUUGGCAUUAAAAUCUUUGGAUGCUUUUGCAUUAUUAAGUUCUUGGAGAAAUAUUUUAUAUUUUACUAUGUAUGUAUUAAUAAAAGGUGGGCAAAGUCAAGUCUACAAAAUUUAGCUUCUCUAAAUUUUUGCUCAGUGUCUGCAGCUGGUUAUGGGUCAGGGCUUAGUACAACAAAACCUUGCCUGGAAGGCACUCUAGAAAGGUUGUACAUAGUCUCCCAGUCUGCAUGUCCUGGCUGUUAAUCAUCUUGGCCCCUUGAGGCACAUCGCAGUAUGAAGGACCUGUUUAAGUUGAAAUAGACUUGGUUAUUUAUUGGGAUUCUUAAAAAUUCUGAGUUUGCAAUAUGAGAGGAAAUAAGAUUUCCUACCCCUUCCCCUCAUUUUAUAUUGACUAUUUGCCAGAAAGUAUUUUCUUCUAUUUUCUUGUAUUUUGCUUUUGAGAUGGAGUCUCUCUCUGUCACCCAGGCUGGAGUGCCGUGGUGUGAUCUUGGCUCACUGCAACCUCUGCCUCCUGGGUUCAAGUGAUUCUCCUGCCUCGGCCUCCUGAGUAGCUGAGAUUACAGGCAUGUGCCACCACGCCCUUUUGUAUUUUUCAGUAGAGAUGGGGUUUCACCAUGUUGGUCAGGCUGGUCUCAAACUCCUGACCUCAAGUGAUCCACCCGCCUCGGCCUCCCAAAGGCUGGGGUUACAGGUGUGAGCCACCGUGCCUGGCCUUUUGUUUUGUAUUCUUGCCAGUACAGUAUAUGGUUUUUCUACCCCAAUUACAUACUGGCUUUUGUACCAACAUCACUAAAGGCCCAGAUCAUUGAAGAUAGAAAACUGUACAUGCAGGCUGAUUGUCUGGUUAGUCAAUGGCCAAUUUGUUUAAACUGUCUAGUAUGUAUGUGCAGCCUGAAACUAGCUCCUUAAAAGGAAAGCCAGGUCAGUCAUCUUGAAAAAAUGACAUGUAAAAGUAAAUAGAUAAUUGUUUUGAGAGACGGUACAUAUUUUAAAGGUUGGCCUUAAGCUUCAGUAACAUUGUCAUUUUGUGACCUUUUGUUGUCACAGCUGUACCCUAACCUGACAGGAAUUACUAGUGUUUUUUUUGUGGGGCAGAAAGCAAAACCUGGUGUUGUGACUAUUAUCCUAAUAGUUCUUAGGCAAGGUUAGUAAGAAGCAACACAAACCCAGAUGCAUGCGUUGUGCAUUAUUUUGUAGACAAGUUACUUUCCUUCUGUCCCUUUAACAAAUUUGUAGCAAUUACCCUCCCUUUCUUUGGGGUCUAGAGUGAAAGCUAAUUUGUGGGUAGAUGAGCUUGCAGAAGAAUGGAUGUCCAUGGCUGUGAACACUGCACAUCCAUCUCCAGUGCUCACACCUGUGCAGCUACCACUCCCUGGCUGCAUGCCAUGCUGUCGGGUUGCAGAUUUGCACACAUAAAUUCCUCAGGAAGAGUUUGCAUGAGCAUCACCUCGCAAUAUUCUGUACUGACCAAACAAGGGAUUUGAAUGUUUUUCAGCACAAAAGGAUGACUUCCGAGUGGUGGUCUGUACACAUACUAGCAAAGGUAAUGGUGAUCUAGCAAACAAAACUGGUUUCUGCAGUUGGAAGUGAGCAGGAGCACUUGUAUUAUAGUAUUUAAAUAAUCCUGGUUAAUCUCUUUUUAAGCAGAGUAACCCUUCCAGAUUUUGUCUUUUUAUUAUUGAGGCUGGCUUUAUUUUCUUCUUUUUCCCCCUGUUUUAUAGCAGUUAAUUAUUUUUGUGAUUAUUAUGCAAGAAGGAUUGCCCUUGAGUUAAAAUGUUAUUGUUUCAUAAGCAGCUAUUAAAAUAACUGAGCAUUGUUUUAUGAAAUACACUAAUCUGAGAUACUGAAAAGCUUUGCAACUAAAAAGCAAAACAACCUACAUUAGUCAUCUAGCUAUUGUUUGGAUGUUUUGAGUUGAUUUUUUUAUGGUGCCUCUUUUAGCUUGGAAUAUUAUGUUUACUUUAAUUCAAGUCUAGGCCUUUUAAAGGGUCCUUAAAGUUCGGAAUGUCAAUCCCUUUGACACCUAUUACAGGUUUAUAGGACCUUUUUGGUUGUGAUUACUGUUUUCAAUACAAUUGUGUAAAUGAAGUUCACUUUUGUCAGAAGUUAAAAUGGAGGUCAUAGGAGUUCAUGGAGAAAUAGCUCUCCUAUUUCUUUCAUUACCCCCAUUGAAAUUCUCCCCAGUUUCUGGCCACAAGAAUAUGAGAAAGGAACCCUGUUCUUUUCCAAGGGAAAUUAUCCUUCUCUGUCCCCACUGUUGAUUAACUGAAGUCCCAGACACCUUCCUUCCUCCACUGGCCAAGACCCACCUUGAACCUCUUUUCAGAGCCAAGUGGCAUGAAUACAUGUACUGUUUCUGCUUCUGUUGACGGAGUGGCUAUGGGAGUAUUAAAGGAAAUGCUAAUUCGAGCUUCAUUCUUAGGGGAACCUACUAUAUAUUGCAUCCCUGCUGGUUGGAAAUUAUCUUCAUCUCUGGACUGCAUUUAGAAAAAUGUUAAUGGCAUACGAUUCUGAGAACUUUAUAGUGUGGCUCUGGGGUUAAGAAUUCUGUGGUUUGAAAAAAAAUAAAUAUUUUGUAUUGAUUCUUACAUGUCAUUUCAAUGUUGUGACUAUGUACUAAAUGCAGUAAGACUGUGGGUGUUCUCUUAGAAGAGUGCGUUUUGUUAAACAGAUGGCAGAUCACUCUCAUUAGUCCUGUUUGUCAAUAUUACAGCCACGCAAUUCAGAAUAACUUAUUCAAAUGGGAAGUCAUGGGAAGCUAUGGCUAAUAACAGGAAUGCUUAAGAAAAAUUUGGAGGGCAAGCACAGGCAAGAGGCUUUGCCACUCACUAGCACAGCCAGAGCAAGGAUAAAGCAAUGAAGUCUUGUGCCUAGUGGUGCUUGUUUGUCAGAAGCCAUAGUGAGCUCAGCACAGGGCGUUCUGUACAUCAUCUCAUUAAUCCAAGAAAAACAGAAUGGCGGAGGGAACUCCUACUGACCUGGGAUACAAAGCCACUGACUUUGGCUCUUGAUCUUUUGGUGGGUUCUGAAUCACUCCUGUAUUAGGGCGUAUACUAUCACUCUAAACAUUGUGGUGAAUGAAAUAAAUCUUGUACAGAUGUC